UCUCUGUGAACACAAACUCAAUCGUUGCCUCUCUCCUGCACUAACAGUGAGUCAAUCAGUUACACAUUAAAUUAAUUAAUAAACUGAUCAGUCAGGAAACAGGUCAGGUGACUCAACAACAUCCAUGUUUAUGAGGAUUUUUACUUGGACGGGGACAUGUCAGCAACUCUACAACUCAAUAAAGACAUUUUAUGAGAUUUCCAACAGGCCAGAAAAACCUUCCUUUUAAGAAGUAGAAACCUCAGACAGACCCCGGCUCUAGGAGUUCACCUGAAUCAAAGAUAACAAACUCAGAGUGUGGACACCUGGAAAACAUCUGGAGAACAUCUGAACAAUAGAAUCUGUCUGUAGAACAACAUCUGGACAGACGAUUAGCAUGUGGAACGUAGAUCUGGGCAUCCAAACAAUAAAAUAAUGUCUGGAUAUCAGAAUCGCAUCAGACAGUAGAAUUGAGACAGUUGCAUUACUUUGGUCAUCUGUUCUUGAUUUGGAGCAACAAAGAAACUGGAAGAAGAGGAGGAGAGGGCAACUGAGGAGGGUCUGCUGGGAGGAGGAGGAGUAGGAGGAGGAGGAAGAACACAGGAGACACAGGAGGCAGCAGAAGGAGGAAGGGAUGGGAGGAACAGUGUGUAAGGAGGAAGUGAAUGAGGAAAAGAAAAGGAGCGUAGGGAGGGAGGACAGUCUGACGUCAGCAGACAGAAUCCGUCGGUUCACCGUCAAACAGUUUGGAUAUAAUGUUCUGAGUCUGGCUCGCCGAGGACUUAAGGAGGUCCCAGAUGAAUUGUGGGAGCUUUUGGAGUUGGAGAAGCUGAAUUUGUCUCUCAACAGUCUGAAGGUUCUUCCUCCUCAGCUGGCUCUGCUCUCCAACCUCGUAGUCCUCAACCUGUGGGGCAACCAACUCAGCAGCCUGCCAGCAGAGAUUGGACAGCUGAGGAGACUCCGAGUUUUAUUUGCCUACAGAAACAGACUGACUGAAGUUCCCGAAGAGCUGGGAGCCUGUACACAACUGGAGGUGCUCAGUUUGGCCAACAACCAGCUGUCCUUGCUGCCUGCCUCUCUUUCCAAUCUGACCCGACUGAGGAAACUCAACCUCAGUCACAACCACAUCGCUCAUAUCCCUGGCUGUGUUUACAACAUGAAGACUCUGGUGUUCCUCCAUCUGGCCUAUAACCGUCUGGAGAACCUGGCAGAGAAUAUCCAGGCUCUGGUGGAGCUUAAGAUCCUCAUUGUGGAGGGAAACAGCCUCCACUCUCUGCCUAAGGCCCUCUGCUACCUCACCAGGUUGGAGUUACUGAAUCUGGACUUUAAUGACAUUAAGGACGUCCCACAGGAGAUGCACCAGUUGUCUCGACUGGAGAAGUUGGCCUGUCAUCCUCUAGAUAAAGGACUCCACAUCGUCCACAACCCGCUGCUCAAGCCUGUAAAGGAAGUGCUGGAGGGGGGGCUCACUGCCCUCUUCAACUACCUGAGAGCUGUGUAGAGUUGUGGGCGGGGCUUGUAAACUACCUGAGAGCUGUAUAGAGGUGUGGGCGGGGCUUGUGAACUACCUGAGAGCUGUGUAGACGUGUGGGCGGGGCUUGUAAACUACUUGAGAUCUGUUUCUGCAUGUUUUCCAGAGACUUUUUAUUUUAUUUAUAGUUAUUGUCCUAAAUAAAUGCUUGAAUAAAACAAGGAAUUUCUUUCUUGAAGAC